GCUUGGGACGAGCCGUGGCGUCUCGAGCUCUGGCAGGUGCUGUUGAGGGACACCCAGUGGAUCGAGCUCAUCAUGAAAUUGCAGAUACGGUUCCAUGACGGGUAUGUGAAAGUGUCACCGGAAUUCCAGAAGGAUCCUGACAUCAUGGACCAGAUCCAACUUGUGUACUUGUACGUGUGGGCUUUUCGUGAGUUCAGCGACAGCCGUUGGAUCACCCUUGGUUCGAGUCAGAGGACAAUGUUGGCCGCAGAGUUGUUGGGGCUUUCGGCAUACGUCGACUACUUAUUGAACGAUGUCAAGGUUAGUGGGUAUUAUCUCAAAGGGUUUCUUCGGAAAACGGACAAGGUGCUUCACAUGACCGCCUUGGCGGCCACGUGUUCGUUCGCUAGUGACGAAACAUUGGCAAUGACACUGGAGGACGAUAGGUUGAUCAUCCGCCUGCCUGAAAUCGACCAGGCUGCCCUUAGUCAGCUCGAGUACGUAUUCAGCAUCAGCCAGCCUGUGUGGAACUACAUGGGCAAUGCAUGCAAGAAGAGCGGUGGCGAGCUACGGAGCGAAAGCCUGCACGCAUCUUUGGUGAGCUCUUGUUAUUUCAACUGGAGGGUGAACGACUUGAGAAAACCGCCGUUCAGUUAUUGCCGCGGAGAUCUGGAUGAGAAUCUUGAUGCAAUUGCGAGGGGGCCAGUUCCUGAUGACCCUUUCACUUUGCAGAUGUACAAUUUGCUCUCGCUGGACGGGUUCCCGAGGGAACAGCUCAAAACAUUGCUUGAACUGCUUGGGAAUUGUCCCCAGUCAAACAUUACUGGUGAGCAAGGGCACGUAGGGGCUAGCAUCGGCAAGAAACGGCACCCCACAACCGAACAAAAGAUGCUACAGACACGUGCGCAAUUGAUCCAAUUCAGACCUCUUUUGAACAUGACUAAGGAAGAGAAGCUCAAAGACAGACUGCUGCGGCGAAUCGACCGCAUCGAUCAUUAUAGCGCGGCGUCCUUUGGCGGGCGACAGGCGUGCGUGCAAGAUCUGUCGAGGGUGUCAGCGACGAUGAAGCGCAUGGGUUGCGGGGUGGCGCCGGACGCCCAGCAAAGAAUCGUUCAAAAGCAUGGCGAGAAAUGGAGUGAGAUGUCAAAGAACCGCCGUGAUAAUUACGAGCGGCAGUCUUUCAAGCGGCAGCAGGAAAAGGUAGAUGUUAUCAACGAGGAGCGCGAGAAGCUGUUGAUCGAUUUGAAUAAGGUCAGAGAGAAAACCAGACAGAAACUGGAUGCCCGCGCUCCUUUCCGAGUUGGCUCCUGUCGUUUAUCGGAUGCGCAGAAAGAGAGUCUGGGCGCUUUGUAUGCAGACGCGAGGUACACGCACGAAUACGUAUCCAGUCGCAUCAGCGACGCUGAGAAGGACUUGGGGGAGCCGACGCAGCGCGAGUUAUCCGUGUUCCGCAUGGUCGAAGAGGAGCCCAAGGCGCGGCCACCGCAUCCCCCAUGGGUGGCCACGGUCUGCCGCAACAAAGAUUUCUUCAAGCACUGCUCCCUGCGCUGGCCCGGGGAGCACGAAGCUCGCGUGGACAAGUUUAUCUUUUCCAUGGAGAACCCUUUCAUCGUUGGUCUCCUCCGGCUGCAGGAGAUUGACGUGGACCACGCCGCCAAAUUCUUCGAUGCUUUCCCAGACCAGGGCGCUGCGAUGUGGAGGGAGAGUUACAGGCUCGACUUCGGCAUGUGGUCUUACACAGAGGACCUGGGCGCAGUUCCUUUGGACCCGCCAGAGAUUCUGCAGGACUGCGUGUGCCAGAGGCACGGGUUCAUCACCUCGGAUUCCGAAUGGGUCACCAUGGACUCGGUGAUUGGUUUGUUGGACCAGGCAGGCGGGCCCCCCUUGCGCGAGGGCGCGGAAGGGAGUUCUCAACCGACCGAGCCGCCGCCUUGGGUGGACCUCCCGUGGCUCCUUGAUGUGCUCCCCACCGGCGACCCCGACGCCGACCCCGCGGCAAAGGGCACCAAGAAGAGGAAACGAGCUUCCACUGGAGACGAGGGGGAGGAGGUGGACAUCAUGGACCUCGAUAUUUCGGCCGACGAGGUGUAUGACAUUCUCCAUGCGCACCGGGAUGCCUUUGCGCCUGCAGGGCCGGCGCCUCCGCGCAGAGAUUUCGUGGUCAUCCUGCGGGGGGGCUUGGACACGAAGAAACGCAAGGGGGUCGAGUACGACGUGUGGAGGGCAAAGACUGGAAAUGACAAGGGUAGGAAGUUCGCGGGGGACUUUGGCAUCGGCCAGACCUGCGACUUCACCAUCAGUAUGUAUGGCGACGAGGAGGCCCGCGCUCUGGCGGAGGCGUGGGUGCACAGAGUGGUGCGCGAUAUGGAUGCGCCCGGCGCUCCGCCUGCCAUGCUCGAGGGGCUGAGCACGGAGGAGGAUGUGAAAAAGGCCGAGCGGGACAAUUUCCCAGGGUACGAGCGCGACGAUUUUCACCACAAUAUCGUUGAUGGCAAGUCCCUCCACGAGGUGCUCACUCAUGACGUCCAUGCGAUCCGCCAUGGCCUCGAGGAUGCUCCAGUCAGGGGCAAGCAUUAUUACAACGACAUGCGUGCCAAGUUCCCCCUACAGGGUGGGAUGGUCGACCAGCAGUUGUCCCCAGCCAAUAAGAGCGACCAGAAGGACGCAGACUUGGACACCGCCCUGGAAGGGGUGGUGGCCCACGCGAAGUCGUGUGAUCUCUUCAGCGACUGGCUGGAAACAUCAGGGCCUCCGAACCAGUUGGUUUUCUCAACCGUCUGCAAAGCCAUGCUCAAACACGUUAAACCCAACGGCGUGGAGAGGCAGGAUGUGUGCAUGCUCUUCUUCCGGUGGGUAAAGAAGCACGAAUCCGAAACGAAGUACUCCGCUGAAUUCGGCGUCAUGCGGUCCUAUUGCAUUUGUGUAUGCAACAAAGUCUUGACCCGGUACAAAAACAAUGGCCAGGCUUCCAACGGAUGGUGGGAUGACUGGAAGGACGUGGGGGCGCUCCUUGUGCCGGAGGCGGCGUGCCAGCGCUGCAUGGACAACCAUCUGAAAACGUGGGACCACUUGGAGAGAGACCUCUUGGACGUCACAGGUGCGAACGAUUUCGGGCGCAACCUAUUCCACAAGCAGGCGACGAAACUCUACGCGGAUCGACUGUCCAUAGUAGCCGGCGACGUGGUGAAGAGCCACUUGCACGGCAAGGCGAUCGGCCAGAGCUUGAUCGACGCCGCCAAAGUCACGUUCGAUCAGAAGAUCAAGGGGAUGGGCGCCAGCCCCGCAGCGACCUUCCUGGAGAAACCGUACAGGGCGGGGUACUGUGGCCUCCCGGUCCCGCUCCCGGCCAUUUCGUACAACGACCAGUGGAGGCUUGAGGUCAAUGGCCUGUGCAGGUCUGUCGGCGUCUUCACUGGCGUCGUGCCUGAGAUCAUGGGCGACGCAGGUGAGAAGAGCCUGUUCAAGGACUACAAACCCCCAGCGGGCACGACCGUUGAGGCGGCAGUCCUUCAGCCGAACAAGAAGUUCAGGACGUCUUUGCUCCAGAAGCUUGAGACUAAAGACCAGAAGAAUAGCGAUGAACUCAAAAAUGUGUUGAAGAAGGACCAGAAAUGGUUCAGGAGCGUGGACAAAUGGAGCAAGAUCGAGGAGGAGGCAAUUAAGUUGAUGAGCGGAGCCCCCGCUGCGACGGUGGUGAAGGACAUGCUUCUUCAGCGCAUCGCCCAGGGCGAGGGCGCCCAGUCGCCCCUCGACACGGCCGUGGCGAAGGUGAAAGAGAUGGAGGACCAUGCGAUCAUGGAGUUCGCAGGUGCAACUGCCAAGGAUGCUUGGACGGAGGCAUUCGGCAUCCUGGAGGCGAUCAAGGCCAAGCGGGUCCCCAAGAUCCCCGUGGGCAACUCGCAGUACGUGGCCGACCUCUCCGACGCCGUCAGCAGGUUCUGCACGGCGGAGGUCGAUGACCCAGACAGCGGCGGCACGAAGAUCACCAUUCGCGGCGCGGCUGCCGCGGACUGCCUCUUCACCAGGGUGCAGGAGAAGAUGGAGGCGAAUACGAAGAUCCCCUAUGCGGAGAUCACCCCCCUGACGGUGUUCGGCUGGCUCCUCCAGCCGGAGAAGCGAGCGACGGUCUGGAAGUGGAGCCAGGAAGUCAUGGCCAAGGUCGGCAUGCAAGGCCCGGGGGCCAAAGGGGCCGGCGGCCUGGGCAAGGGCGGCAAGGCGUCCCAGGGAGCGAAGAAAGAGCAGACCAAAAAGGAUGUCAAGGCGGCCGUUGCAGCGCUGUGGUCGU